CCAUUGGGGUCUGCCAGAGCCCCGUGAGUCUCAACUGCUAUCGUUAUCAUCAUCGACUAGUAAUAGUGUUGAAUCUUUUGACUUAGAUUUGACCAUGCAAGGGAUGGGAGGACACGAUAUGGUGGUUCUUCGUGGAUUGAUUUUGUACAUGGUUUGCGGAAAAGCGUGUAUCUAUAAUCCCACCACUAGACAAAGUGUAACCUUACCGGUCAGACCGGUCAUCAAAUUUUCCCAAAAAGUCAAAGGUUGUGAUGAGAGUAUCAUCUACUAUUUCGGACACGAUCCUGUUCUUGAUCAAUACAAAAUAUUAUGCAUUGUUAGUACGCUCUUAACAAGUAUAAAUAGUUUAACCUCGGAGCAUUGGGUCUACGUACUAGAAAGUGGAGGUUUUUGGAAAAGAAUUGGGUUUGAUUGUCAACCUCACAUUCCUACAAUAGGAAGACUAUGCAUCAGUGGAGUUAUAUAUUAUUUGGCUUACGUUAGUUUGUCUUGCUACGUCCUUGUCAGUUUUGAUGUUAGAUCUGAACAGUUCAAUAUGAUCCAAGUACCUAAGGAGUUGUCUGGAUUAAUACGAGAUAACCCAAUCGGCUUUAUAGAAUAUGGAGGAAAGCCAGCUAUUUUUGAUCAGACCUAUCUUAUACAGAUGGGCAAGGUGGACUUAUGGGUCUUGGAAGAUGGUGGAGCAUGGUCGACGAAGUCCCUGGUUUUGCAGCCUUGUCAGAUGCAUUUACUCAAUGAGAGCAUUAAAUUGUUGGUACGAGGCACAACUCAAACCGACGAGGUUAUAUUGGCACCUUGUAAGUUGUUUUCCAAUUAUUACCUUCUCUAUUAUGAUCUUCGAAAGAAUGAUUUGAGAAAGUUUAAUGUUGGACUAACAUCGGACCACUGGUUUGGUAAGCCGUACGCUGAUUAUAUUCUUUUUGAUAAGAAUGAAAGCAUCUUGCACUUGGAAACUUGA